UUUUAUUAUCUCCAAUGGCCAAGAUUAUGAAUAAUUAUUAACAAUAAGGAUGUUGAAUCAAUCCAAUGAUGAAUCCAAAAACUCUGAGCGGUGCCUAAUUAGUGGGAAAUGGGUGGAAUAGUCCAUCAUACUCCAGAAUUUCCUAUUGCGAUACGGCCUAGCAUUAGAUACUACAGUGUGUCGGUCGUUGACUGCUCUAACAAGAUUAAAGAAGAUAAUUCCUAUUUGAUUUCUUCUAUGCUUUUUAAAUUGGAACUAACCUCUCAACCCGUUUGAAUUGAAGGAAUGUAAUCUAGAAAAGGCAGAAAAUAAAUGUGUGAUGCAUGAAAAAAGACAACAACGAUGAUAAGCAAAAACAAGAAUGCUACCAGAAAGCCAUGGAGAAAAAUUUUGUACGAAAACCAAAAUUAUCCUGAUAAUUACACAGAUAAAAACAUAUUCCUCAGGGAUUUACGUAAAAAUAUAGAUUUCAAAGAAGUCAGUUUUUGGGAAGCCGUGUUUGGUGCAAAUUUAUUACUUCAGGAGUUUUGUACUGUUGUCCUUUUUUUCAUAAUUUAUUUUUACAUUGUGAAUAAGUGGACGGAACCCUCAGUAAUUCUUAAUAUCACCAGUUGUUUGACUUUACUGGGAUUUCUACUUUAUCUUUUAAAGUUUAAAGGCAGUAUUAAGCAAAAGUUGGGUCAUGAUUUGAGAACAGUGUUAACAUUUGUUGUGUUUGGUCAGUUGUUUUCGCCAGUGUUGCAUACAUUAACAGACACAAUAAGUACUGAUACAAUCUACACCCUAACAUUUUUGAUGAUGCUUAUACAUUUAAUAUUUUUUGAUUAUGGGGUAAGUGCUGCAAUUGUUUCCAAGAGUUUGUCUCUAAGUGCAGCAAUUUUUCCAUCAAUUUGCUUGGCAUCUAGAUUGUCUUCUGCAAGUGAAGCUUUCAUUUUGAUGACUGUUGCCACAAAAGCUUUUGUAUUAUUUCCAAUUUUGAGAAUUGAAUUUCAUAAUUCCAUUUUAAUAAGUAUAAUUCUUCUUGUUAUUAACACAUAUCUUUUAUUUUGGAUUUCUAAUCUUGUUACCUUCUUAUUUAUUGUUGCUGUGAUACUUAUAAAUGUAAUUUGUCCAUUGCUGUUUGUUAAAUACCAAAAACUGAAAGACAAUAUUUACGGGCCGUGGGAUGAGGCUAUUGUUGAUGAUGCAGAUAGUGUAAUUGGCUUUUAAAAAUAUGUAAAAUAAAAAACCUGGAAACAUACAUCCUUUUUUGAUUUGGAAUUUUUUAGAAUUCUGCCUAGGGAAUUCCUUCAAAUUAUUUGUAUAUGUUCA